UUUUGCUUGCUUCCGCUCUCAUACCUCAGGUUCAGGUUUUAGUGUCGGCUGGUUUCUCGCACGCGCUGGUUUUUAUCAGAUGGAUUAAAUGCGCAGAACUUUUUUCAAACUUUUUCAGCAAACAUAAAACAACCUUCAAAAAAAAAGGAACAGAAUGGCAGUUUGCAAGAUCCCAUUUUUUCUCCUUGCACUGUGUAUAUGGUGUGGGAAAUGUGAGGUGUUGUAUAAGCGAGUCGGGGAUGAGGCUGUCAUAAAGUGUGGAGUGGAUUCAAUCAGUGAUAUAGAUUGGAAAUUUAACGACGAGCUCAUCUUGGGCAUUAAGGGCAAAAGUGGAACUAGACGGAUGGGUAACUCCCAUAUUACGGCUAAAGCAAGGUCAUAUGGAGACACUUUGAAGGUUCCCAGACUGGAGACAAGAGACGCUGGAGUCUAUUCCUGCAAGCAGUCAGGAAAACAAUACACUCUGCAUGUUGUGUCAGUCUUUGUUAAACCAGGCCCAGUUCUGGUGCAGUCUAGUGAUGCAGAGCUGCACUGUGACGUUACAGGAGACCCAAAUACUGAAGUACAGUGGCAGACCCCUAAUGGUGAAAAAUAUAAUGAAAAAAAUCGAGUAAUUCACCUGAAGUCUGUGACUUCCGAGGCAGGCCAGUGGACGUGUCUAGUCAAGGACUUGAAACUCAGUGUAACAUUGACUGUUGUUGUUGGUCUCCAGACCACAACUGUUAAUGUUUCUAAAGGGGACGACAUAGAGCUGCCCUGUUCUCUUCCUCAGAGUGUAUCUCAGCAUGUUGUGGGUGGGAAAUGGAAGGCUGACCACCUUCCCACAGUCUCUUUCCCAUCCCUGAAGAACACAGAAGACAGAGGCUUACACUGGAAUGGCGAGAAGUCAUCAAAAGUCAACUUUACUACUGGACAACUCGGCACCAACUUUGAUGUCACGUUGAAAAAUGUGCAGAGCAGUGAUGAAGGGACGUUUGUGUGUACAGUGCAGUUUGAGGGUGGAGUGAGUCUAAGCGUUGAGACUACUUUGACGGUUGUUUCCAACCCUUCAGGUAAAACAAAACUACACGCACUGUGUAUAUGGUGUGGGAAAUGUGAGGUGUUGUAUAAGCGAGUCGGGGAUGAGGCUGUCAUAAAGUGUGGAGUGGAUUCAAACAGUGAUAUAGAUUGGAAAUUUAACGACGAGCUCAUCUUGGGCAUUAAGGGCAAAAGUGGAACUAGACGGAUGGGUAGCUCCCAUAUUACGGCUAAAGCAAGGUCAUAUGGAGACACUUUGAAGGUUCCCAGACUGGAGACAAGAGACGCUGGAGUCUAUUCCUGCAAGCAGUCAGGAAAACAAUACACUCUGCAUGUUGUGUCAGUCUUUGUUAAACCAGGCCCAGUUCUGGUGCAGUCUAGUGAUGCAGAGCUGCACUGUGACGUUACAGGAGACCCAAAUACUGAAGUACAGUGGCAGAGACCCCCUAAUGGUGAAAAAUAUAAUGAAAAAAAUCGAGUAAUUCACCUGAAGUCUGUGACUUCACGAGACGCAGGCCAGUGGACGUGUCUAGUCAAGGACUUGAAACUCAGUGUAACAUUGACUGUUGUUGUUGGUCUCCAGACCACAACUGUUAAUGUUUCUAAAGGGGACAACAUAGAGCUGCCCUGUUCUCUUCCUCAGAGUGUAUCUCAGCGUGUUGUGGGUGGGAAAUGGAAGGCUGACCACCUUCCCGCAGUCUCUUUCCCAUCCCUGAAGAACACAGAAGACAGAGGCUUACACUGGAAUGGCAAGAAGUCACCAAAAGUCAACUUUACUACUGGACAACUCGGCACCAACUUUGAUGUCACAUUGAAUGAUGUGCAGAGCAGUGAUGCAGGGACGUUUGUGUGUACAGUGCAGUUUGAGGGUAAAGCGAGUCUAAGUGUUGAGACGACUUUGAGGGUUGUGGACAAAGCUUCAGGUGGAAAGGGGUCCACUAAAAGGAAAGGGAAAACAGCUGCAGUUCAGGAAAUCUUGAAUAAGGACGUGUAUGGUGUACAGCUGUGGAUCUGGAUUGCUGUAGGAGCCAGUUCUGUGGUUCUGAUUGGACUUAUCAUCAUGGCUGUUUUCCUCCAUAAAAGGAACAAACAUAAGAAGCAGAGGGUGAGAAAGCUGAGAUCCUUGCGGCAGCCUCUGACAGCCAAAGACUACUGCCAAUGCAACAGAGAUGAGAAAGAAGUGGAGUUGGGAGAGCAAAUGAGGCCACUUCCAGUGCCCAGACAACAGCGCAACCCACGUACACGUACAGCAGGCCCAAACCAUACCAACUGAGAGGAGCAGAGCGCAAUACCUGGGCCUGUGCUUUUAAAUGUGCUUCUUGCUUAAUGAUGACAAAUAAGACAUACACUUUGCAUGACUUGCUGUAGAACUGGGCGAUGAAUAUGUAUUAUUUACUGUACAUUUAAAACAAAUUCUGUUGCAGAGUAUAUAAUAUGUUUUUACAACUGUACUUUUUGAAUGACAAGAAUGUUGAAUGUUUUUAAAUAAAAAUUUUAUAUUCUUUUAA